AUGGAUCUCGACGAAUUUCUUUGUUGGUUCAAUUCAUCUGGUGUUAUUACAGAAAAUGUAAAUGUUUGUUAUUCAGAUAGUUGUGGUUUUGGUCUUUAUUCUCGUCGGUCAUUCAUUGAAAAGAAUUCUCUCGUUCUUUCGAUACCAGAAAAUCUUUUUAUUAAACCAUCAUUUGAAAAUAAGGAUUUAACAGGUUUUGAACAUUUAAUUAUUUAUUUAUUAGAAGAAAAAUCAAAUCCAUAUGUUAGUUUUCUGCGAUCUAUUCAACCAAUUCCACAAUGGUGUGUAUUUCCUAAUGAUAAAUAUCCUCGACAGCUUUCAGAUAAAAUGAAACAACAUUUAAAUAAAUAUAAUCAAUCAAGAAUUAAAAUUCAACAAUAUAAUGAUGAUCAAUUUCAAUGGGCUUAUUAUAUUAUAAAUACACGAUGUGUUCAUUUUCCUAUGGAUAUAUCUUCAAAAGAUCAAGAUAAUAAUCUUUGUCUUAUUCCUUAUUUAGAUUUUGUUAACCAUUCAAUUGAACCAAAUACAAUGUCAAACUUUAAUUCCUUUACUCGUUCCUAUGAAAUUCGUACCACAAAACCAAUAGAUAUCAAUGAGCAAAUAACAUUUCUUUAUAAUCCUCAUUCAAAUGUUGAUUUACUUAUUGAGUAUGGUUUUGUUCUAACAUCGAAUCUUUAUAAUCAAUUAAAUAUUGAAUAUGAACUUGAACAAAUUCUUUCGAAUGAACAAAUUCAAAAAAUAAAAUCGUUUAAUUAUUGGAAUUCAUUAGAACUCUAUUCAGGUGAUAAUGAUCUUUCAUGGACAGUUAUUAAAACAAUUGAAUUAACUUUUAAUCAAGACCACUGGUCGCCAUAUGAUGAUCCAUCAAUCGAAGAUAAAUGUAAAUUAAAAGAAAAACUAAAACAACUAUUAACUGAUGUGAAACAAAACAUAGAAAAAGAUUUUCAGCAAUGGAUAACAAAUCAUUUUCAUUUAGAGAAAAAUAUUCUUUAUCAUGAUUUUUUGACAAUUAUUCGAGAUACAUCUGUUAUUGUUGACAAAUCGUUUAUUGAAAUUUAA